AACAGCUGGAGCAGUGCCGUAUGAAGUUGAUAUCAAUUUGGCUGUCAACCUCGGUUGUCACUGUCAACUGAUACAUAAGAAUGCUGCCAACGCCGAUUGUAAGCAUUGUUCUGGUAUCAUCAUUUUUAAUAAAAGGGUUCUCAGCCGAGCACCCGUUCUUUGAAAUGGAUCUAUCGCUGGGAGCUCAGUCGACAGCUUCGACAUCACAGCGAGCUAAAAAUCUACGGAAUCAUUGCGAGGAAUUAGUCGGUGGAUCUUGCUCGGCUGUAGUUUUCUUAGAAGGCGCCACCGGACUCGACGUCGGUAUAUCCUAUUCCUAUGACACAUACAGAAGGUCGGGGUGGGUUGGUCAGUAUUGGUACUUCGUGAUGAAGCAAUGGACAAAACAAACUCCAAAGGAAGGCAUCUCGUCCGAGGUCUUCAAUGCGCUACUGGUUUAUUUCACCAUGCUCUCUGAGGGCAGCGCGAACAACAGGGCUUCUUUUGUGAGAAAACGACUGGUCGAAGUCACAGGCGUCUCUAGCAUUGCCAUUGUGUGUUAUCGUUUAGGGGAGGCGGGGAGUUGGUCGUGUCCCAAUGAAAUAUCGCAGACCUAUUUUGGCCACACCUACGCGCUGAAGUCUGUCCUCAACAUGCAGCAUAUGUGCAGUGGUUGGAUGUAUUUGUGAACGGUUAAUCAGGGGUCGGGAAUAGAAUCCCCAACCUUACGUUGCAGAAAUACAAACACAAAGUUUGCUAGGAUGACAUUUUAAAAUCAUUUCUCUGCGGGCAAUUUGUGGCAAAUUUGGACAAAGAUCACAUUUGACCAAUAUCACUCAAGAUGUAUGCCCGUGUUAUAUUUAUUGUCGCAGGUCUAUUUGAAACGAGCAAAACUGCAACAGUUGUACCGUUUACUCUGAAUAAACAAAUCAUACUU